AUGUCUUCUGUCUACGAAUUCACUGUCAAAAAUGCCAAUGGAGAUGACGUAACGUUGUCUGAAUACAAAGGAAAAGUGCUCAUCAUUGUCAACGUGGCAUCGCAAUGUGGCCUGACGAAUAAGAAUUAUACACAACUGAAAGAGCUUCUUGAUGUCUACAAAAAAGACGGACUUGAAGUGUUGGCAUUCCCGUGCAACCAGUUUGCUGGUCAAGAGCCAUCUUGUGAGGUGGACAUCCAGGCAUUUGUCGCCGAUAAAUUCAAAUUCGAACCCACACUUUUCCAAAAGAUUGAUGUGAAUGGAGACAAGGCGUCGCCACUUUUCAAAUUCUUGAAAAAUGAGAAAGGAGGAUUCAUGUUCGAUGCGAUCAAAUGGAAUUUCACAAAGUUUUUGGUUGGAAGAGACGGAAAAAUCAUCAAGAGAUUCGGCCCGACGACUGAUCCAAAGGAUAUGAAGAAGGAUAUUGAGGAGGCACUUGGUGUGCGGCUAUAA